AUUCAAAUUUCACAUAUGAAUACAAAUCAUAUUCUGCAUGACAUAAUUAAUCAUUUUCCUCAAUUUCUUACUUUGGAAACAUUUCUUUUUCAAUUUUCUUUUUCUUUAAUAAAAGAGUCAAGACUAAUAAAGACAUACACGAAAAAAAAAUUCUCUCACUUCUCCGAAGAAAACCUUUUUCUCUCCAUAGCAGCAAGCAAAAAUGAGCAACGAAUACGAUUACUUGUUCAAACUGUUGUUAAUCGGCGAUUCUUCUGUCGGCAAAUCCUGUCUUCUUCUCAGAUUCGCUGAUGAUUCGUAUGUUGACAGUUACAUUAGCACCAUCGGAGUUGAUUUCAAAAUUAGGACUGUGGAGCAGGAUGGAAAGACAAUCAAGCUGCAAAUUUGGGAUACUGCUGGCCAGGAACGGUUCCGGACUAUAACAAGCAGUUACUAUCGGGGAGCGCAUGGGAUUAUUAUUGUUUAUGAUGUAACUGAAAUGGAGAGCUUCAACAAUGUCAAGCAAUGGCUGAAUGAAAUUGACAGAUAUGCAAAUGAGAGUGUGUGCAAGCUUCUGGUGGGAAAUAAAUGUGAUUUGGUAGAAAACAAGGUCGUGGACACACAGACAGGAAAGGCUUUGGCAGAUGAACUAGGGAUCCCUUUCCUUGAGACAAGUGCAAAAGACUCCAUUAAUGUGGAGCAGGCUUUCUUAACAAUGGCUGGAGAGAUCAAGAAAAAAAUGGGUAACCAGCCAGCUGGAGCAAAGAGGACAGGUAGCACUGUUCAAAUCAAGGGACAACCAAUUGAGCAGAAGGGCAACUGCUGUGGUUAACUGCUGAUGUUGAAUUGCUGUAUCCCUCUGUUCCAAUUUCAAUAUGUUGAACAGAUUGUAACUAAACAAAUGUUUACUAACUAGAACGUCCUGUGAAUCUUGCCGUUAGUCAUCAUACAUUUCCAACUUAGCUUCA